AUGGCUGAACUUCCAAUGAACUUGAGAGAUGACAACAUAAGUGAAGAAACAAAGACUCUGAUCUCCUCACUUCCUAGAGAAAGAGACUCUCAAGGGAAGCUCUGCAAGUACCAAGGAUGUUGGUAUUACUACAACACUCUCCAAGCACUCAUCAAUUUCCAGACAAACUUCCAGCCGCGAGACUCGGACAUAGUCCUGGCUUCAUUCCCCAAAUCCGGAACCACUUGGCUCAAGGCACUCGCCAUCGCAAUCUUGGAGCGAUCUAAACAGAAUUCUGAUGAUCCUCUGACACAUCCUUUACUAUCCGACAAUCCUCAUGGCAUAGUCCCCUUCUUCGAGAUCGAUAUGUAUCUCAAAACGGCAACACCAGACCUAACCAAGUUCUCUACGUCUUCUCCGAGUCUAUUCUCGACUCACAUGCCUUUGCACACCAUGAAAGAGGGCCUCAAGGAUUCUCCAUGCAAGGUUGUGUACUUGUGCCGGGACGUCAAAGACGCGUUGAUAUCGCGUUGGUAUUUCAGGUGCAAGUAUCAGAAUAAACAAGUGGCUGGAAGCAUUCUCGAGUCAAUGUUCGAGUCUUUCUGUAGCGGAGUUAGUUUCUACGAUCCGUUUUGGGACCAUGCUCUUAGCUAUUGGAGUGGCAGCUUGGAAAACCCUAAGCAAGUCCUUUUCAUGAGGUACGAGGAAAUGAAGACAGAGCCUUAUGUCCAGGUCAAGAGGCUUGCAGAGUUCCUGGGUUAUCCUUUCACUAAGGAAGAAGAAGAGAGUGGAUUGGUUAACAAAGUCUUGGAACUAUGCUCUCUUCGUAAUCUGAGCGGUUUGGAGGUUAACAAAACCGGGAAAACUUGGAUGAACGUGGAUAACAAUAGCUAUUUCCGCAAAGGUGAAGUUGGUGAUUGGAAGAAUUAUCUAACUCCCGAGAUGGAGACCAAAAUCGACAUGAUCAUUGAGGAGAAAUUACAAGGUUCAGGCUUGAGACUAUGAUAUAAAAAGUUAUGUAUGCGUA